AUGCCUGUAGCUGCUGUUGUCCUUGGCCACACCAUGGAGAGCCUACUGCAACUCGGCCUGCUCUAUGUUGCUCUGGCCAGCCUCCUGCUGCCUGGGAGAGGUGUGUUCAUUAACCAGGAACAUGCCAACAAUGUCCUAAUGAGGUCUCGGAGGGCAAACACACUUUUUGAAGAGAUGAAGAAAGGAAACUUGGAAAGGGAAUGUAUGGAAGAAACUUGCUCUUAUGAAGAGGCUCGAGAAGUCUUUGAGGAUAAUAAGAAGACAAAUGAAUUCUGGACCAAAUACAAAGAUGGUGACCAGUGUGAAAGCAAUCCUUGCCAGAAUCAGGGCCAGUGUCAAGACGGCUUUAAAGAGUAUGUGUGCACCUGCCAGGAGGGAUAUGAAGGCAAAAACUGUGAAUUCUUCACUCGGAAACUCUGCAGCCUGGACAAUGGGGACUGUGACCAGUUCUGCCGAGAAGAGCAGAACUCAGUGGUGUGCUCCUGUGCCAGUGGGUACACUCUGGGGGACGACGGGAAGUCCUGCCUCUCCACAGAGCGCUUCCCCUGUGGAAAAGUCACUUUGGAUCGUAGGAAGAGGGCAGUGGCCCAGGACACCAACAGCAGUGAGCCCAUCUCUAAAGAGACCAUACUGGACUGGGAUACCCUGGACAAGCUGUACCCCACCCAGAAUCCUUUUGACCUGCUCAAUCUCAACCAGACAUAUCCUGAGGACCACCAGAAGAAUCUUGGCCGGAUCGUGGGUGGCCGGGAUUGUGCAGAUGGGGAAUGUCCUUGGCAGGCCCUGCUCGUCAACGAAGAGAACAACGGGUUCUGUGGGGGCACCAUCCUGAACCGCUUCUUCAUCCUCACCGCAGCCCACUGUCUCCUCCAGGCCAGACGAUUCACGGUGAGGGUAGGGGACCGGAACACAGAGCAGGAGGAGGGCAAUGAGAUGGUGCAUGAAGUGGAGGUGAUCAUAAAGCACAACAAAUUUGAUAAGGACACCUACGACUGUGAUAUUGCAGUACUCAAGCUGAAAACGCCCAUAAUGUUCCGCAUGAAUGUGGCCCCUGCCUGCCUGCCCCAGAAGGACUGGGCAGAGGCCACACUGAUGACACAGAAGACAGGCAUCGUGAGUGGGUUCGGGCGCACGCACGAGAAGGGCCAGCCAUCCACCACCCUCAAGAUGCUGGAGGUACCAUACGUGGACCGCAACACCUGCAAGCUCUCCACAACCUUCUCCAUCACCCACAACAUGUUCUGUGCUGGCUAUGAUGCCAAGUUGGAGGAUGCCUGCCAGGGGGACAGCGGCGGCCCCCAUGUCACCCGGUUCAAGGACACUUACUUUGUGACUGGCAUUGUCAGCUGGGGAGAAGGGUGCGCAAAGAAAGGGAAGUAUGGGAUUUACACCAAGGUGUCAGCCUUCCUCAGGUGGAUCGACAAGUCCAUGAGGGACCGGGUCCUGCCCACAGCCAAGACCCCACAGUCAGCACUUCCCCCCCAGUAA